CGCCGAUCGAUGUCAGUCACAGACGAAUGCUGGCUCCGUUUCCACAUUAAUAAUUCGUUUGGUUCAAAUUCACAAUCUCCCUCACGUUCCUACAAACACCAUGGAUUAAUGUAUGACAAUCCAGCCAUCGUGAUGCAUGUGGGUGACAGAAGCUUCAUGAUUCUUUCCAACGGAAGCUAUCGGCGAUCGUCAAGCAUGAGCGUCAAAGACGACACAUUUUACUACGACAAGCCUCCUUCCCAGACGCUCAACCUCUCCAUAAUCAAAUUGGACGCCUCUUUCUUCCGCAUUGAAGUCUCAAAUGAAGCAACUGUUGCAGAACUCAAGCAGGCUGUGGAGGACAUUUUCGCUCACGUGCCUCUGAAGGGCGCGGGGAAAAUAUUGUGGCCACUUGUUUGGCGGCAAUUCUGCUUAUCCUAUCAAGGACAUAAAUUAGUUACAGAGACGGAUUACCUUCGAGAUUAUGGCAUCAAGGAUGGUGACCAGCUUCAUUUCGUGCGCCAUAUAUCUGACACUGACAGUUACAAUAAGCAGUCAAAGAAACGAUAUUUCAAUUUGAAAAAUAAACGCAUGAGGUGCAGGUCAUCUCAUCAACUGAAUAUAUAUCAACGGACAGAACAUAACGAUGACGAAGACGACAUUGGUUUGAAUGGUAUAGUCAUAGAGAAUGGGAAUAUCCAGAAUUACAAUGCAGAAAUUCGAGGAGGAAAGAGCUGGCUAUCUGGUUUUUUGGGAGGACUAUUCUCACACAGCCGUCUGCCAGUUGUGAGAAGACAUGGAACCGAGGGUAGGAUUUGCUGCUCAAUGAUAGCAAGAUUUAUCGUGGGCAGUUUUAAAAAAAUUAGAAGAGUUCUACGCUGUUGGAGGAGGCAGCAUCACUCUCGGAGACCCACAUGGAGAGAAUUUUGAUGGAUUUUGCACUUUAAUCAUUUUAACCUCUUGUCUUUAUACCCACUGUAAAGAAUUUUUCAACAGUACUUGCUUUGGUUAGUUUAUGGUCUUCAGCGAUAGAGACAAUAAUAACAGGACGAAACACGGGCUCGUACCAUAUUGCGGUUGGACUUUCUCAUAUCACUGUACAGAACGAUGUGCCUUGGGAAUUGUAGUAAGCUCAUAAUGCUAAAGUCUAUCAGGCACGACAUACCUUUAGAUUACUUAGUUGCUGCAGUUAGGGUCAAGGCCUACCUGCAAUGGAAAAGUUUUUCAGUUGCUUUAAUGUAACUAAGGAUAAUGAUUUCCUACCCAAUUUGUGACAAGGUAGAAAGUCAUUAAAAUUGUUGGUUUGUUUUACUCAAUUGCAGCUGAUUUUGACAGUGACAUUCUUGUGCACUCAUUUUCUUUUUAACUAUUCAGUCCACAUUCUUGUC